GUAAAAAUGGAACGCCGAGAGCAUACUAAAUAUGGCAGAGAGUACGGAGAGAUUCAUGGCGGCCAUGUAUGGUAUGGUAUAAGCAUAGGGGUAAGUUGGAGCAUCUGAGGACCCGUGUUUGUCCUCGUCCUCGUCCUCCUCCUAGCUACAUCUCCACGACGCCCUCUCUGCGCACGCAGUUUGGCCGUGGAUGAUGAUCGCCCCACCGCUUGCCUGAAGAGGCAUGCGCGCAGGUGUUGAUCAAUUGAAUUUAAUUAAUUUGAAUUGAUCCGCGCUCCACGUUGACCCCCUUCUCCCGUCAAAAUUCCCUCAAUUUUUUCACCACUUGCGUUGUUUGUUGUCCUCUGAUUGUCGGAACUUCUAAUUCCUUCUUUUACGUGUAUGAUGGUGCUGUGCUAUAUUCGAAUUGUUUAUUUAUGUUUAAUGGCGGAUUUUGAUAAUUAAUGUCCUGCUGCAUUCUAAUAUUAUAAUUGUUGUUAUUUCCUUCCGGCUGGCUGGCUUCAUUACUGCAUUCCAUUCCCUCGGGUUUGGCUUUUGCAAUUGCCGUUUAUACUUGAUCCAUAAAUUAAUAAGUGUUGUGGAGUCUGAAGCUUGCUGCAAUAAAUUGUUGUUUGAGGAGGGGGAGGAAGUUAGGUUGCAAUACAGGUGAGUGACUGAGGCAGUCAGUCACAUGGGGAACAACUGCUCGGGCUCUAAGUCGGAGAACAACAAUGGAUUCUGUCAUUCUGUGACGGUUGCAAUAUGGAAACAUCGAUCAUCAUCACCAGCAGCAGCAGAUUCAAGCAAAGAGAAAGGGGCCAGCAGCAAUGGCAUCGAGAAUAACAACAAUAACAUUAGCGGCAAGUCGUUUGAUGUGCAAAACACUCCGCCUACACCGAUCAAAAUUUCAAGUAAUGAGCUCACCAAAUCAACAGUAAAGGCUGAAGAAAACAACAACAAUGGCAAUAGUCAAAAGGAGGCGGCAGCAGCAGUAGCAGCAGAGCCAAAGCACAAAAAGUCGAUCAAAUUUAAGAGAGUAGCCAGUGCAGGGCUGCAAGUGGAAUCAGUUUUGAAGCGGAGGACCGAAAAUUUGAAGGAUAAAUAUCACGUGGGGAAGAAAUUAGGGCAGGGGCAGUUUGGCACUACCUAUUUAUGUUUGGAGAAGGGCACCAACCGAGAGUUUGCCUGCAAAACAAUUGCAAAGAGGAAGUUGACGACAUCGGCGGAUGUGGAGGAUGUCAGGAAAGAAAUUCAGAUAAUGCAUCACCUGGCGGGACACACGAAUAUCAUAAACAUUGUGGGAGCUUAUGAGGAUGCGGUCGCAGUUCAUCUUGUGAUGGAACUCUGUGCAGGAGGAGAACUUUUCGACAGAAUCAUACAAAGGGGGCAUUACUCGGAGAGAAAGGCUGCUGAGCUGGGCAGGGUAAUAGUUGGUGUCAUAGAGGCCUGUCAUUCCAUGGGAGUUAUGCAUAGAGACUUGAAACCAGAGAACUUCCUGUUUGUCGACGAGCACGAGGAUUCGCUGCUUAAGACCAUCGAUUUUGGGCUUUCUGUGUUCUUUAAGCCAGGUGAAACAUUCAGUGAUGUUGUGGGUAGCCCGUAUUAUGUAGCCCCGGAGGUGCUGAAGAAACAUUAUGGUCCUGAAUGUGAUAUAUGGAGCGCUGGGGUUAUCAUUUAUAUUCUGUUGUGUGGAGUUCCGCCAUUUUGGGACGAAACGGAGCAGGGCAUUUUUGAGCAAGUUUUAAAAGGGGAACUUGACUUCGCUUCUGAACCUUGGCCCAGCGUCUCGGAGGGUGCAAAAGAUUUAGUCAGAAGAAUGCUUGAAUGCGACCCCAGAAAACGGCUCACAGCCCAUGAAGUUCUAUGCCAUCCAUGGAUACAAGUUGAUGGAUUAGCACCUGAUAAGCCUCUUGAUCCUGCGGUCCUCUCUCGUCUCAAGCAAUUUUCUGCCAUGAACAAACUCAAAAAGAUUGCCAUCAGAGUCAUCGCUGAAAGACUCUCGGAAGAAGAAAUCGCAGGGCUGAAGGAAAUGUUCAAAAUGAUAGAUGUGGACGGCAGCGGACAUAUUACCCUGGAAGAACUCAAAACAGGUUUGGAAAGAGUUGGCGCCAAUCUCAACCAGUCUGAAAUAGUUGGCCUCAUGCAAGCUGCGGAUGUUGACAACAGUGGCACAUUGGACUACGGGGAGUUCUUGGCAGCAAUGGUACAUAUGAACAAAAUCCAGAGAGAGGACCAUAUGAUGGCAGCUUUCUCAUACUUGGACAAAGACGGCAGCGGCUACAUCACACGGGAUGAGCUCCAGCAGGCUUGCCAGCAAUUCGGCCUCCAAGACCACCACAUCGAUGAAAUCCUCCGCGAAGUUGACAAGGAUAAUGACGGCCGGAUUGAUUACAGUGAGUUCACUGCCAUGAUGCAAGACAAUGGUUUGAGCAUUAAUUCAAGAAUAGAGGGAUCAUCAUCGUCGUCGUCGUCAUCAUCACCCAACAACAGCCCAGGUUCUCCUUGACUCUGAUUUUACUAUAAUAUAUUGAUUAAGUGUAUAUUAAUAUAUUCUACGAGUAGCUGGAGUCCAUUUUGUUGUAAAGAGAGCAAGGAGCCCUUCUUCAUAUCUACAUUUCCUCUAGAUAUAAAUCCAUCCAUCCAUAUCCCUUUUAGUUUUGUCAUCAUUCAAAAUUGUUCUCCAUCAUUGUUUGGCUGUUGUUAUCUAUAUAUCGCUCCUCCU